UCACACAUUAGGAAAGAAGGCAGAGGACUGUCUCAGCAAGCCAGGAGCUGGGGUAGAGGCAGAUCAGACACAGAGGGGGAUUCUUUUUCUGCUUGUUUUAUAUGUGAUUGAGGUGACAAGAGAGACCCUCCUGUCUGUGGAUCAGCUGAUGACAAAAGAUGAGGAACCAAAUCGCCAGUGCCCUGUCUGACUUCUUCUUUGAGUACGAGACCCCUCGCCAGGUGCUGGUGAAGAACAGGAGGGUGGGAGUGGUGUGCCGGCUCAUCCAGCUCGGGGUCCUGGUUUACAUCAUUGGGUGGGUCUUUAUUUAUGAGAAAGGUUACCAGUCUACAGACACCGCUGUGAGCUCCGUUUUCACCAAAAUGAAGGGAGUGGGCUACACCAACGUGAGCGGGAAGGAGACAGUCUGGGACGUGGCCGACUAUGUCUUCCCUUCUCAGGGGGACCCAUCUUUUGUUGUGAUGACUAACUACAUCAUUACUGAAGGUCAGGAGAUGGGAAAGUGUCCAGAGCUUCCCGGCAAGCACAGCUGCACCUCAAACAACGAUUGCAUAGGAGGUAGUUACAAACGUACAGGACACGGACAAAUGACUGGAGUUUGUGUGACAACCACAAAUACCUGUGAGGUGUUAUCAUGGUGCCCAGUUGAGGAUGACCGCACUAUACCAAAUCCUCCUCUUCUGAUGUCUGCAGAAAACUACACGCUUUUCAUCAAAAACUCUGUGACUUUCCCUUUAUUUGGAGUCACAAGAAGUAACUUGGUUGAGGGGAUUGAUGCUAACUACGUAGGCAAAUGCAUUUAUGAUCCGAAGAAAGCUCCACUCUGCCCUAUAUUCAGACUGGGAGACAUUGUUGAGCUGUCUGGCUUCAGCUUUGAAAAAUUAGCCCUAGAGGGUGGGGCCAUUGGUAUUGUAGUUGACUGGACAUGUAACCUGGAUGUUCAUGUAAAACACUGUAAACCAGAAUACAACUUUCACGGUCUCUAUGGAAACCCUGCUGACACUGACAGCACCAGUGCAUCGAUUGGCUACAACUUCAGGUAUGCAAAGCAUUAUAUGGAAAAUAAUGUUGCCAAGAGAACCCUCCUCAAGGUGUUUGGCAUCAGGUUUGAUAUUAUUGUGAAGUCUCUGGCAAGACAAUUUGACAUAAUCCCAACACUCACAGCAAUAGGCUCAGGCGUGGGGAUCUUUGGAGUGGCAACUGUGGUUUGUGACUUGGUGCUGCUGUAUUUGCUUCCAAAAAGAGAGUUUUACAAGAACAUGAAAUUCAAAUAUACAGACACACAAACACAGGACAGGGAGUCUAUCGAUUUAGACUCUAACGCCUAUUACACCCUCGAAGCAAAUGUAAGACAAGCCCAAGGCAAAGACAAGUCCAACGAUCCUGAUUCAGAGGCAGGAAGCAUAGAGAAAGAGAAUUGAUCUGGGAGCAAACAAGCCUGUAUCCAAGCUGCUUUAUAAAGUGAACUGUAUAGGAACAACAUCUUGGGAUGUGAAGAAAAACACAUGCACACCAACUCUGGAUGCACUCCUGAGAAAGGAAAGGACACAGCAUUUCUCUCUGAUCCUCAGCAG